AUGCACGUACAAUGCCUCGCAGAAGUGAAAAAAAUUGGUUGUCAUAUAGAGGAACACAAAGACUAUAUCUUCUGCUAUAUAGGCGAAACAAUUGGAUUACAUGGCGUGGGCUUUCUAAUAAAGAAAUCGUUUAAAUCGGACAUCGUGAAUUUUUUGGGUAUCUCCGAGAGAGUAGCAUUACUUAAACUACAAUUGAAUAACAUACCACUAUCUCUAAUUCAAGUCUAUUCUCCUACCGAGAGCUCCAGGGAAGAAGAAAUAGACAAAUUUUACAAUGACUUAAAGACAGCACAAGAAUUAGCUGAUAAAACCUUAAUAAUUAUGGGAGACUUCAACGCAAAAAUAGGACAUCCACAGCCGCACGAAAAUAUAAUAAUGGGAAAGUAUGGAUACGGAAAACGUAAUAAGAGGGGAGAACGUUUAAUACAGUUUGCAUAUGAAAACAAACUAUCAAUAAUGAACACUUAUUUUAUCAAGAAAAAAUCCAGAAAGUGGAUGUGGUUAUCUCCAGAUCAAAAAACAAAAAAUGAAAUAGACUUCAUACUAAGUCACAACCCAAAAUCAGUAGCGAACAUAGAGAUACUCAACAAUCUUAACUUCCCAUCUGACCACAGAAUUAAGGAUAAAUGUAACAUGGAAGAAAUACUGGGCACAGAAAGAAAUUCUAAAAGGGAACUACAACUUGAAAAUGAAAAAGAUAAUAAUGGAUUCCUGCAUCCUGCCAAGCUUAACUUAUGCAAGCCAAACAUGGGUAUAUACGGAAAAAUUAAAAAAGAAAGUCCUGUCCUGUCAACACGCAAUGGAGAGAAGUGUACUAAAGCUACGCAGAAUACAGAAAAUAAGGAACACAGUCAUUCGCGAGAAGACAAAAAUAAAAGAUGCACUUCAACAUGGCCUAAGACAGAAAUGGAAAUGGGCAGGUCACGUAGCUAG